AUGCCCACCCUUUCUGUGUUCUUGGAUGUGCCCUUGGCCCAGAAGCUAGAAGGCAGCUUGUUAAAGACCUACAAGCAAGACGAUUGUCCUAACAAGAUUUUCCUGGCCUAUAGAGUCUGCAUGACCAGUGAAGGCCAACCCUGGGUUUCUUCCGUGGUGCCCAAGAUCCGGCUUCAGAUAUCACAGGACCCGUCUCUGAACUACGAGUAUAUGCCAAUGAUGGGCAUGAAAUCAUUCACGGAGGCCUCCUUGAAACUCCUCUUUGGAAAGUACAACCAAGUCAUUGUGGAGAACAGGGUAGGGGGCGUGCACACUGUUGGUGACAAUGGUGCCUUCCAACUUGGGGCCCAGUUCCUCAAAAUCUGGCAUAAAGAUUCUCGAAUAGUUUACAUCAUUUCUUCUAAAAAAGAAUCACAUGGACUCGUCUUCCAGGACAUGGGCUUUACAGUUUGUGAAUACUCCUUGUGGGAUUCCAAGCAGCUGUGCAUGGACCCCAAUGUGCUUCUCGAUGUGGCGGAGCAGGCCCCGCAUGGCUGUAUCUUUGUGAUUGGGAACAUUGGUGACUGCAAGUUGACACAGAGUCAGUGGGCAAGGUUGAUAGCCAGCAUGAAGAGCAAGCAGAUAUUCCCAUUUUUUGACAUUCCUUAUCAAGGUUUGUCCACUGGGAACUUGGAGGAAGAUACUGGAUUCUUACAAUACUUUGUGUCUCAGGACUUUGAGUUCUUCUGCAGCCAGUCUCUGUCCAAGAUUUUUGGUAUCUAUGAUGAAGGAGUGGGGGUCCUGGUCGUGGUGGCACUCAACAACCAGCUCCUGCUAUGCGCCCUCUCCCAGCUGAUGAAUCUCACCCAAGCCCUGUGGCUAAACCCUCCUACUAGAGGUGCUCGCAUUAUCACCUCCAUCCUCUGUAACCCUGCUCUUCAGGGAGAAUGGAAGCAGAGUCUGAAGGAGCUUGUAGAGAACAUCAUGCUGAUCAAGGAAAAGGUGAAGGAGAAGCUCCGGCUCCUGGGAACCCCUGGCUCUUGGGAUCACAUAACAGACCAGAACGGGCCCCAGAGCUAUCUUGGACUCAACUCCCAAAAGGUGGAAUACCUGGUCAAGAAAAAGCAUAUCUACAUCCCUAAGAAUGGUCGGAUCAACUUCACCUGUAUCAAUGCCUGGAACAUAGAUUAUAUCACUCAGAGCAUCAACGAGGCUGUCCUCUCCCCCGAGGGCUCAGAGUAA